AUGAAUCUGGCAAAGACUGUUGAGUGGAGCAGAGAAGAGAAUGCAAAUCUCUCACGUGCCAUUGUAUUGAGCAAUGUUCCUUUAGGCACAAGUGAUGACACUAUUAAAAAGGUGUUAAACACAGUAAAAGUUUUUGGUCGCAGUAGAAUACGUGGUCGCCGUGGUGAUGUAACUGGCAGAUGGUUGUUUAUUUUAGUGGAGGCCAGUGCCGAUCUAGAACCUGAUGUUAUACCUACUGAGAUAGGUAUAGAAAAUGAAGCUGGACCCUGGAGUGUCAACUUAGUGGGCAGUCUAGUAGCUAGUGGUCCUGCCUCUGAAGGUGAUACUUUUCAGCUCAAGCUGCAAGCAUUGUUGCAGCAGGAGGGUAAAUCUAUGGAUGAAGUGAAGGCCCUGAUUGUGGAAAAGCAGUCUCCCAAAUCAGAUAUCAGUGUUGACCUUGUUGAUGCCAUAGGUAAAUUGGUAGAUCGGUGCAACCAAGUUUCCAGUGAUGGUCCUGCCUACAGAAAGCUGAAGUUGUUUUCAGGGCUGAAACCUGUCCCUCCAGGUGAAGAAGAGUAUGAAAUCUGGAUGGAGCAGGCCGCUCAAAUGAUAAGUGAAUGGCAGUGCACCGAAGCUUCAAAGAAACAACGUAUCGUUGAGAGUUUACGAGGUCCUGCUGCUGAUAUUGUCAGGUUUUUAAAAGUGAGUAAUCCUUCUGCAAAUGCAAAUGAGUACUUAGCUGCCCUUGAGACUGCAUAUGGAACUACUGAGAGUGGGCCUGACCUUAUGGCUAGAUUUCGUCACACCUACCAGGAAAAUGGAGAGAAACUUUCAGCUUUCUUGUAUCGCCUAGAUAAACUUCUCCACAGAGCCUUGUUGAAAGGUGGGAUUGAUGCUGGUGGCAUAAAUAGAGCCAGAAUGGAGCAGUUAAUUAAAGGAGCCCUUACCAAUGAUAUGGUUGCCUUGCGAAUCAGAAUGACUCACACUUUGCAGAGUCCUCCUUCUUUUUCACAGUUGAUGAAAGAAAUACGUGAAGAAGAACACUGGGUAGCUGCAAGGGAAAAUGUUAAAGCAUCUGUGGCCACUGUCGUCUCUCCCCAGGCAUAUGCGCCAUCUGAAUUACAAAACCUGAAGAAGGAGGUUAAAGAGCUAUCUACACAGGUGAGUCAACUGUUGAAGGUGGCGACUGUGCCUUGUGGUUCUGAUCCUGCUCCUCAGAAAACAUCCAUCAAAAACUCUGAGACUGUGCACCGAGACAACUCUCAAAACGCUAAACCCAUUCAGCAACCAGUGCCUGUGAUCUUUUGCUACAAAUGUGGUGAAGACGGACAUAAGAAGUGGGAGUGCAAGGCACCUGAGGACCUCAGAAAAGUGAAUCAGAAGCUGAUGAAGAUGCAGCGCCUGCAGGGAAACUGGGCAGGAGCUCAGUGA